GAGGAUACCGUUACCGUAGUAACUGUAGUUAGGAUGCCGUUACCGUGGUCAGAAGUGUGCGACCCCUCAGAUGGAUACACUCCCCGGUGGAGUGGAACUGAGGAGUUUAUAGAGGACAUUACCUACAGAAUAUGGGAGAAAGGGGACCGGGAAUUUAUAAAGGAAACGUACAGUGAUACCUGUCCUGUAAUAGCUUUAUCAGGUAACUGCGAGGGAGCAGACACGAUACUAAAGAACACUACAGAUCUACUGGAACAGUUCCCUGACAGAACGCUCUACCCCUGUGAUAUACUGUGGAACGGUAACAACACAGCGGGUUACCACUCUUCCCAACUCAUCAGUACAAAGUGCACUUAUCAUCACACUAACUCUGCGGGGAGUCAGUACAGUUGGGCCUCUCACCUCAAGCAAGCUCGGAUAUGGGUAAUAGUACACCGUGUAGUAAAGGACGGUGUGAUAUUGCGGGAGUGGGUAGUGAGUGAUAACAAGAGUCUGUACCAGCAGUUAAGAGUGAACCAGGAGGAGGUGGCUACACGUUGCGCGGAGAAGUGGCUCAAGGAUAAACUGGAUCCGGAGAAGAGCGAGUUUUGUCAUCUCAGUUGGCUGGCAGCAGAGUUCCAGCGGGUUCAGAACACGGGGAGUAUCGGAGGGGACAUCAGGUUAAACCUGCAAAACAUAACACCCGCUCAGCGGCCCAUGUAUCAGUACUUAGGUCAGAGGGUGGCUAAAAUUUACCACAGAGCGUGGGGACCUGAGGGGAUGGGGUCCCGGGGCAAGUUUGAGGAGCUGGUGAAACUAUUGUACCACCCUCACGCCAGGUUUGAAUCUCCACAAACAAACAGCACCGAUUGUACGGGGUGGACGGAGUUGACUUGCUUGUAUGAUACGUUUAUUCUUGGUGGCCAGCAGGGUAAAGAAGUGAUCAUGACACUGGACUGGGUCAUCAUUAAACCUGGUCACGACAGAAGGAAGAUUUUAACGAACGGAGCCACACCAAACGCCUGGAGAUACCCCUAUCCUGAGGAUGUUAACCUCCAAAUGGAGCUGGAGAGUAAGUUUGCCAACUCUGACCAGGUAUCAGAGUCCUUCACCAUGUCUAUAAGAUGGUGUUUGGUGGGCUACCAGAAGCAAGAAAACCCUGAUAUUUUAGUGCCGUUGGUGCUGUUGGCGGAGUCGCAUUUGGAUUGUGUGGGUUUCAGAGUUAUACGGGACAUUACUGUUUACGAUAGGGUGGCUGUAGAUGCCCAGGUUAAGCUAACUACUGAAGUUGUUCAUAAUGUUCAGUUUUGACAUUUUUCAGAGGCGAGGUUUGUAGAACUUUUGAACAAUUGGGAUAGGAAAUUCAGAUGUUUAAUAUACUUUCGAUUUAAUUGAUAUUUUUAUGG